AAAACACACACAAGAAGAGAGAGACUGUGUCUGUGUGUUGAGACAGGGAGAGUGCAGGAGGAGCAGGACCUCGGUUUACGUUUGGUUUCCGGCAAACCUCAUGUACCUUUUGAAAGUUCCUGCGGACAAGAUUUUACCUGUUUGUUUGUUAUUUAUGUUUUUGUUCUUAUGUGGAGGAUCUUGGCACAUUGUUCUCAUUCUGGAGCAGAUUUAAUUAAGAUCUCACCGGGGAAUAACAUACACAUUGAUUCUUCCCCACGUCCGUCUCGCCACAUUCCUACCCCAUGAAUACCUAAUACACAGAGAGACAAACACUGUUCUAAAAUACUUGCAGCCCAGCGGCAGGAGCUCUUUGCAGUGAGUGGAGAAGCAAAUGACCUUCUCCCCUGUCUGCUUCUUGCUGUUCGGACAGCGUCUCCCGGACACAAGGCUUACCGGAAAGAUCGGAAUUGGAAGGGGCACUCGCUGGCUACAGGAGGAGACCGCGGACCGCAUUCAGGAGUGAAGGCAUGAUUUUGGGUAGUAUUAACCGUGCAGGUGCCAUCCCAGCAUUGCUGCAGACCCCCACUGUGAUCCAGCCCCAUGUGGAGAUAAAGCCAUUCCUGCAGAUCCCCAUGGAAGCCCCACCACCCACUCCCAGUCUCAGAGUCUUCCAUAACUUCAGCAUGAUGGACCCUGUGCAGAAGGCUGUAAUCAGCCACACUUUUGGAGUACCAUUGAUGAAGGCCAGGCGACCGGUCAUCUCCUGCAAUGUGUGCCAGAUCCGCUUCAACUCAGAGAGCCAAGCAGAGGCCCAUUACAAGGGAAACCGGCAUGCAAGGCGAGUCAAGGGCAUAGAGACGUCAAAAAGCCGACCCCAGGAGAACAGCAGGACCCCCCCGGCUCCUGUCACCUCCCCAUCUCCAUCAGGGGCCCUGCCUGCGGCCCCUGACAGCCCAAACAUCCCAGAGAAAUCCUCCCUCCUCCCGUCAUUACAUGGGGUAGAUUCUCUCCCCUGCCCCCUCCCUCCACCUGCCCCUCUCAGCCCAGAUCCUCCUGGUCUCCAGCUCCCUGCACACCCGAGCCCUUCUGCUAAGCCUCUGUCACCAUGCUCAUCCUCCCCUUCCCUUGGCUGCGGCAGCAUUCGCUCUGACCAGCUGGCCCCAGGCCCUGCUGGGGCCCCUGAGUCUGAGGAGGACAAGGCCAAGAAACUGCUGUACUGCUCACUGUGCAAGGUGGCCGUCAACUCGCUAUCCCAGCUUGAGGCGCACAAUAAGGGUACGAAACACAAAACCAUCCUGGAGGCUCGGAGUGGCUUGGGCCCCAUCAAGGCGUACCCUCGGCUGGGCCCUAAGCCAAUCAGUGAGCAGGGAGGGACAGUGAUCGACCCCAAUACUCAGGAACGCACUUUCCACUGUGAGAUCUGCAAUGUGAGGGUCAACUCAGAGCUGCAGCUCAAACAGCACAUAUCAAGCCGACGGCACCGGGACGGGGUCGCUGGGAAGCCCAACCCUCUCCUCAGUCGUCACAAAAAACACAGGCUUGCAGACCUCACGACCUCCCUGUCCUUCUCUAAGGAUCUCACCAAAGCUUUGGGAGCUGCCCUUCUGCCCAGUCCCCUGGCUGUUGCCGCGGCGAUGGCAGCCGCCGCCUCCUCCAAUCCCCUGGCCCUCCGGGCUGCAGGCCCAGCCCCUCAUCCCCACCAUCACCUGCUGCAAGGCCCACCCCUCAGCCAUGCCGUCCUCAGACCCGCUCCGGGGCCCAUUCGCACAUCCCAUGGGCCAAUUCUCUUUUCUCCUUACUGACAUGUAAACCCCCUCCCCCCCCGUCCUCCAAACACACUCAGUCCCCAUUCCUAGCUUGACCACCUCCAAAAGCGCACUGUGAAAAGCUGAAGCAAUGAAAAGAGCAUCUCCAUUAAACAUAUCCAACUGGGGAGAAAGGAGACAAAGAACAGACGGCAGCAAAAUGGUGAUACAUCCCCCUCUGUCCGUUUUCCUGAACCUGUACACACUCAUAAAGACUCUCUGAGUGAUGGACUGCCAGCUCGAGUUUAUGCUGGAUGGAAAAGGUGCAAUAUACAUUUCUCCCUGUAAAACAUCCUUUCCCACGUUUCCUCUCCCAUAACACUGUGACAUGAUUAAAGUUGCAUAUAAUACAGACUGAUCAGGAUACCAAAUGUGUACCUUUUCCAGCAUACAUGCAAGACCGCAGUUUGCUCUGUACUGUAUUCAUCUCACUAGUUUGAUGCAUACUCACCCCAUUCAGUUCCAGUGUAAAACGGACCUUUAUGUGAGUAGGAUUUACUAUGGCAAACUUGUGCCCAGUGCAACCCUGGCGACCCAAAAAGCCAGAGAGCAGAUAGACUAUAGAAAGCUUUUGUCCCAUCAUCACUGUCUUCUUUCUUUGAACCCUGUAAAAUAGGUGUUCCCAACAUUUUGAUGUCCUCGGACUGGUUUACAUCAUACAAAAAUGGGAAGGUGGAGGAGAAUCCAUAAAACCCCCCAGUACCACUCUGCAGACCGGUACCCCCUAAAAACACUCACAAUGUAUACUAUGCGCAGAAUUAUUAGGCAAGUACUGCUCCAGGAUUUUUUUUUUCACGAAAGACUUAUAAAAGUGAAUUCAGUGAUUUUCUAUUGGUCCAAGCAAAUUUAUUUAGAAGGUAAAAGGUACAUUAGUCUACCGCAAGCAAAAAUAAAAGAAAAACACUUGAUUAACAGUGUUUACAGUUAUUAGGCAAUCAGAAACUUUGAUUUGACUGUCGAUUUUUCUCUCUUCACCAUUAACAGAUAUGAUAAAUUAUUGGUUCAGAGAGAUAACCAAUCAGAUUGUAGAAGAGGUGGGUCCAAGCAACUAGAGAGGUGGGACCAACCAAUUAAUACGAUAUGAUAGGUUGACUCUCUGAACCAAUCAUGUCUUGUUCUCCCCUCAGAACAUUUUUGCGUAAUGAAAAUUCUCAUGAGCAUUCUGCACACCCCACUUCACCAAGUUUGAAGUCCUGUGUAGCCACCUUUCUUCUCAAUAACCAUCAUAAGCUUAUUGUCCAUUGCAGCUUUAAUUUGUCCCAUUUUAAUAGUAAUAAUAAUUUGCUUAAUUAUUCUGCACAGAGAAACAUCUAUGGUUUCCUGUUUUACUCCAAAUAAGAUGCACUCAGAUAAAAUACGUCCAGUAUUCUCUAUUUUUAAACAGCCCAUUCUUAAUUAGAGCUUAAUCUGGGUUGAAACUAUUAAGGGGAAGAGCAGAUACAAGCAAAAUACACACCCACCUAUUAAUUCUGCAUGUGGUGUUUCCUGUAUGAACCCGGAUUAGUGUCCAGAUUUUACACAAAGCUAAAUCUUCCCCGUGAGGCAGUACAACAGUUAACUGUAAAAUUGUACAUUUUUUUUUUAGAUUGAAUUCCAGUAUUAAAGAGCAACAUUAAAAAAAAAUAGAGUUUUGCAAUGCCAUAUAACCACAGCCCCUUGUGCAUUCCUGUAGCUCACCACACCGUGAGAAGCUAAGAUCCCAAUAUUGUGUGUGUGUGUGUGUGUGUGUGUGUGUGUGUGGACCGUUUUUUAGGUCCCCACAAACAUCUGUGAAUGCAAACAAAAAAGUAAAAAUUCCAAAAAUCUCACAUUUUGUUUAGUUAGGGCUGGGUAAUGGAUAACGUCGUGAUGUUGUGAUUAAGUUUUCCCCAUACAAAUGAAUGGAGAGUCCCCACAAAGAUAUAAUUACAAACUUGUGUGUGUGUGUGUGUGUGAACUGAAGCAUAGCUUCAGUACAUUUUUUUUAUUUCUACCAUCUGCUGUAAGGCAAGCCGACCAUGCAGUACAGAACCAGCCCUUUCAGACUUCACUUCCAACCAGCAAUACGGCAGUGGCAUGCUCCAUCUCCUCAUCUGUGCGACCCCCCAAGCCCCACCAACACACACUCACUGCCUUUCCAGCGUUCUGAGGCCAACAAGCUGCGGCGAGUUCAGGUUGCAGCAUGCAGACGUGCCCCAGUGAUCUGCCCCUUCACGGCACUGCAGGCCCACUGGCACAGGAGCUAGGAGGACGGUGCCUCUCCAGGAGGGUGUUCAGAAGGGAGACCGAGAAUUUCUGCAGGGAAUCUGAGGAAACUCACAGAUGACAAGCCUUCAUGGCUUUUUUGAACUUCCUUUCUUAAUUUGAAGCCAUGCAAUGCAUUUGUUGUCUUUUUUCAGUCUUUUAUGACAACUAUGUAAUGUUAAUAAUUUUGUCUAAUUGAAUUAGAACACCAUACAAUGGCAAAUAAGUAACAUUUUUUUUUUUAUUAAGUUAUAUUUUUUCUACUAACUAACCUGUUUGCAGGAAAGCUUUGGAGGCAUAGAAGGGAAUGGGGAUAUUUUGUAUUCUGAAUGUGUUGGGUGCAUUAAGGAAUGCCAGCAAGAAAAUGCUGCCUUUCUGCACUGAUCUUUGACGUACUGUGUAAUAAAAUCAUGCCCUCAGCUGGUUGGUAACAGGGGAGAAUUGGGUGUCCGACCUGAACUGCAUGAAGGGGAAUUCCAUAAUAUACUGCAAAAACAAUUCAGAUUAUUUUAUUUGGUGAUCAUCACGUUUACCGUAGCGUUAAUCUAGUAUUUUUUUUGUUUUCUUAAGUAAUAAAAGUUGCAGGUUUUUUUGUGCUUUUGAUUACCAGUGGCUUCUGCGUACUGGUUUCAUUCUGUUCCCAGACAGCAGUGGUCACGCUGUCUCAGACUAGUGAGGGUCAAGCCCCGAAUUUUUAUAGCAAAACGCUGUAUGUUUUUGUCAUGUUUUGUUCAUUAUAUGUAUUAUAUAUGAUGUGGUUUUGUUGGUAUGAAACACCAAAUUCAGAGCCACCAUGGGCACAGAGCUAAUGUCCUUCGAACGGAAUAGAUGGCCAGAUUAUUUAUUUUUAAAUCCUGAACUCCAUCUCAUGAAGAGGGUUGUGGGCUAAGUCCCGGAUCUCCCCUUGCCCUAGACCACCCUGCCAAUGGGCAUUUCAAAUGAUUAUUAUGAUGUAAAUACUGAUGAUAUUUCAAAAAGGCAUGCGCUCAGCGGCCACUUUAUUAGGUACACCCAGCUAGUACCCAAUAGGACUUAUGUUUGCUUCCAGAACUGCAUUAAAAGCAACCAAGCAGAGUGACUGGGGCAUUCAAAAUUUGGAACAUAAUUGGAUUGUUCUGGGUUGGGGGCCCAAUAUGCUUUCAUGGGGCUCAAAAUCUCUAGUGGUGCCCGUUGCAGACAAGUAACCUCUUUAAGUUAACAAAACAUCUUUCUUAGUAAUUACAUUUUAAUAAAAUGUCCUGAAAAUGCCCUGUGGAUAUACGACAGCGAUAAUUUACAAAAAGAUAAUUUUUGUUCAGAAUUCCUACUUAAGCAAAUCUGUGUACAUUGCUAAAAUGGUAGCUUAUUACAAUCCCCGCAACCUUGAUCAAAAUGAGAUGGAUGAAUGAAAAUUGGUUACACAAAAUGUCAAAAAAGCUCACUAGAAGAAAGUAUUUAUCUAAAACGCAGAGCAGCUAGUAAAAUAUAUGAUUAUGAUAUAUGAAAUUCUACGUUAUUGUGGUUUUGAUAUUUUUUUUAUUUUCUUCAGUUCACUAUUUAAACAAAUGGUCACAGUGUCUUUAAUUUAUUACUAUUAUGCCAGGAGUUACCUGUAUGCCGGUAUUUUGAUCGAUUCUAGAGACAUUUGCGAAGAUUUUACUUGUGCAAUAUAAAAUAGCGUUACUGCUGUUCAUCCUAUGCAGACAGAAGCACAGUCCUUUUAUGGACUAUUAAGUCCAUUAAAGAGGAAAGAAAUUACCACUGAGCUUAACGAAAUUCAGAGGUUUACUGAAAUCUGCAAGCUUCAGCACUGUAUACAUUAGUGAAUCAUCAAAACAGGGAGGCGAUUACGGAAAGCGAUGAAUUUCUUAACUCCCUCCAAAAAAAGAUGUGACUACUGCUAUUUGAAUGAUGACAGGCUUCAUUUUAAUUCCCUUUUGUAGGUCUAUGUCAGCCUCUAGCUUUGUUCUGUCAGGGUUAAUGAAUGAGAAUAUUUGCAAAUCUUACUCCGAGUAAGAAAGAAUAGGUGUCCGCAAAAUUAGUCCCCAAUGAUACUGUCUUUUUGCAAUACGUAGAUCAGCCAACACAUAGCUGUUGAUUAAUUGGAUAAAUGCAGAUUAAAGGGAAGAAAUUUAAAAGAGCAAUAACACCAAGGCAUAUCAAAAUGGAUUGUCGUGAGUUUUCCUCUUGCUAAUUAAAAAUAAACUAUUUUGAAACUUA